ACUUUUGUUGGCCUCCGUACAUAUCCUCACAGCCAUGAAGUCGCUGGUGCUGAUUCUGGUGUUGGCCGCAGCAAGCAUGUCGGCUCAUGUUCCAGAAGAACGAGCCUUGCUUGCCACCAAUUCCUUGACGCUGGUCCCCCCACUACUGACAACCCUCAUGUCUGUCCUCGGCCCCAUUGCUGCUGCUCUCCUGAACGUUGUCACGUCCUUAGUCGGCAGCUUGCUGGGCAGUCUGCUGGGUACCGCUCUUGCUGUCGUCCAGGGCCUUCUGGCUCUUGUUCUUGGCAUCGUGUCCAAACUGGUCAGCUGUGUGACGGCCGCCAUCAACAUACCCGUCGGCAACAUUGUGGAAUCCGUCCUGGGUGCAGUCACCAGCGCCGUCUCUCCUGUAAUAUCAAAUCUGACAGAGGCCUGCCUCUAGUAACUACGAUGGACAACUCUCCUCUUCUUGGGUCCAGUUCCUGACUCGAUGGGACGACAGAGACAUACCAUGAGGCAUUCCAACUACUCCAUCAGCUACAUGGAGGGGAUUGUGUCAGAGAAUAAUAAACAUGGCUACAACUAUU